CUUGUUCAUACCCUUUAAGUUAAAGCGGAAGCGCGUGGACGUCAGUGUUGUGUUUCGCUUAAUUCCAGCAGCAACUUUUGGCAACACUAAUUGCCUGUUGUUUUUUUGUUUGUUUGUUUUUUGGGCGUUUCUUUCGUGCCGCUGUCGGAUGAAGCGUGUGGCUAAACUUGGAGAAGUCGUCGUAGAUUGAUCUGACUCUAUACUGUGACUCUAUACUCUGGCAUUAUCUGACUUGAAACGCCGCCAAAACGGGAGCGGUCAGCGAGAAGGAUCCCCCCGACUCGGCUUCCAGCUCGAGCGGCGUGAGGAUGGAGUUCGCCGCGUGAUGCUUCAUUCGCUGACAUGCAUUUCGCGACGGUGCCAUCACUUCGUAGUGUGAGGUGAACCGGGCCAACAUGCAGGAAAACCACCAGCCUUCCAGGCCAGGGUCAAGCAGCUUGUGGGGGAAGGCUCAUCCAGCUCUCAAAGCCUUCAUGUGCGGCUCCCUCAGCGGCACAUGCUCCACGCUGCUCUUCCAGCCUUUGGACCUGGUGAAGACGCGGCUGCAGACCUUGCAGAACAACGCCAGGACUGGUUCACCAAAAGUGGGGAUGUUGAGUGUUUUCGUCAACGUGAUAAGGACAGAAAGUGUCUUCAGCCUGUGGAAAGGAGUUUCUCCAUCUUUUGUCCGCUGCAUCCCUGGCGUGGGCAUCUACUUCAGCACCUUCUACUCGCUCAAGCAGCACUUCUUUCUGGACCGGGCGCCCAACGCCGGCGAGGCCGUGCUACUGGGCGCUGGCGCCAGAGCGGUGGCCGGGGUUUGCAUGUUACCGUUCACCGUCAUCAAAACGCGCUUUGAGAGUGGAUUUUAUAGCUACGUGAGCGUAGCCGGAGCUCUAAGGAGCAUGUACGAGACGGAGGGAGUGAGAGCGUUGUUUUCCGGCCUCACCGCCACGCUGCUGCGUGACGCCCCCUUCUCUGGGAUCUAUGUCAUGUUUUACAGCCAGACCAAGAAAACGCUCCCUCCAGAGGUGACGUUGUCAGUCUACACGCCCCUGGUCAACUUCAGCUGCGGCGUAGUGGCGGGUGUCAUGGCGUCGCUGGUCACGCAGCCAGCCGAUGUGGUGAAGACGCACAUUCAAGUCAGCCCGUCGCAAUGGAGCACAGUGGAUGCUAUUCGCUACAUCUACAAGAAACACGGCCUUGGCGGCUUUUUCCGCGGUGCCGUACCUCGGUCCCUCCGCCGCACACUGAUGGCCGCCAUGGCCUGGACUGUCUACGAACAGCUGAUGGCUCGGAUGGGCCUCAAGUCCUGAAGAUGGCGGCGAGGCACACAAGAAUUUUGUCAAGCCUGUAGCGUGAGAGCGAUUGAGUGUAGUGUGAAUGAGUGUGCGCGUGUGUUUGAUGCUAAAUUAUUAUAACUAUUUGUGAAAAUGUGUUCUACGAAGUGCGGAUGUGAGAUUUUGAACUUUCUGCAGGAGCAAAAUCUUUGCGAAGUAGCAACACUGACCGGUUGAGUUGCACUGAAUUGUGGCAUAUUUUUUGAGCUUGCAUGCGAUUGAACAGGGUUUCUGACUCACCAAUAAUCCUCCACCGAUCAGAAAACGGGUUUAGUUUUAGGCUCAGACAAUCACAAAUAACCACGCACAUGCACAAAAAAAUUGGCUUAUUGCUCUACUGCUCACAAGUCUGCUAUAAGAGGUUACUCACACUAUUUAUUUAUUCAAACAUUUGCUAUUUGACUCAGUCAUCCUUAGUCAAGCGAGAAAUUGCUCAUUUCUCUUUAAAGACAAAUAGCAGUUUUAAUUUUUUUUGUAUUUUUCGCUCUUCAGCAUUACCUAAACAGUGUUUAAUGAACUCAGAAUUUAAUUACAAAAAAAGCCAAGUUUGAUAUUUGUCCGGCAUAUUUCCUCAAAUUGUGGCCGUGAAAAUGAAAUGUAUAGUAAUUGUAAUUUUAAUCUUAGUUCAUAGUUGCCAUUGUUCACACAGGGACACAAAAUAUUUGUUCCGUAAACUUUCUGUUUGAUGAAUUAAAGUGCGCACUGACACCACAUGUUGUAAAUGAAUUGGUAUCACUAUUUAACGACAUUUUGUUAUGUAGUGAUUAGCACUCUCGUAUACUGACAUGAUGGCUCCAUGCAAAAUAAACAAAUAAAAACACCCCACCUCCCCCGCCACUAUUUGCGGAAACACGCUAACCUUGACAAAACAUGUUCUAAGCCUUCUGACUGUGAGCAUAAAUGAAUUGCAGACAGUGACUAGUUAAUAACAAUUGAAGGCACUUUUUUCUGUACAUAUUUCUAUAGAGCGUGAAUAUAUUGAUAUUUUGACAUGUCCAUGCAAAAACUGCCAAAUAUGCGUGUUGACAGUACAUGUUUGUGCAGUUACUGAUCACAUGAUCUUCUGGUAGCAACAUGGCAGCUGACAAGUGUCUUAAUGUUCCUUUGUGUGUGUGUAUGUGUGUGUGUGUGUGUGUUUCUAGAAGGAUAUCAUGUCACAGUGCACUGCUGUCUAUGCGCGGUGACUAUUUCAUCAUUAUCGUACAUAUUUGGUCUGUGCAGUGUUGCUGCGAACAUUGUGCCUGUCAGUUUUUAUUGUAAAUAAAUAUAAAUUUUCAAUAAAUUUAUUUGAACUCUG